AUAAAUGUGUAAAUGGGUUGAAUUAUCAAUAUUUUCAGCUCGCCAAAUUCGAAGACUUUCGAACACAUUCAAAAAAGUCGUACAAAUCACAAUCAACACAGAUGAUUUGCAAGAGUUAUAAGUUAUAAUAAUAUUAAGAGAUGAAUUGCAAGUUCUUCUUUCCUCUUCCAUUAAAAUGGCAGCUGUUUCUCCUCCAUCACUGGUUCGGUUCAUUUUUCUUGUCAUUCUAGCUUUUAGAGGUUCGAUAUUUCUCACCAAUGGAUCCUCCAUCUCGAGCCUUGAAGCAGACAAAAACGCCUUGAUUUCCCUCAAGUCAGGAUUCAGCAAUCUUCAACUUCACGACCCUUUAUCUUCUUGGGAUGAUCCAAAUUCAUGGCCUUGCAACUGGACCGGCAUAAGAUGCAACGAAGAUGGCCACAGAGUAAUUGGGCUUGAUCUUUCUGGCUUGGCUCUUGCUGGGUCUGUACAUAGCCAAAUUGGCAAUCUUUCUUCCCUCAGAUUUCUUCAACUUCAGAACAACCAAUUAACAGGUCCAAUUCCUGAUCAAAUCGGCAAUCUUUUAAACCUCAAAGUUCUGAAUAUGAGCUUCAACUACAUAAGAGGUGGCCUCCCCUCCAACAUAAGUGGUAUGGCAGAGCUUGAGAUUCUAGACUUGACGUCGAACAGAAUCACAAGCCAAAUUCCAGAAGAAUUCAGCCGCUUGAGGAAGCUCCAAGUUUUGAACUUGGGACAGAAUCAUCUAUAUGGUACAAUUCCCCCAUCUUUUGGGAACCUUUCUUCCCUUAUAACCAUCAAUUUAGGGACCAAUUCUGUGAGUGGCUCGAUUCCUCCUGAAUUGGGUCGUCUUCCAAAUUUGAAGGAUUUUAUGAUCUCCAUCAAUAAUUUCAGUGGCAUUGUCCCCCCCAGCAUUUACAACAUGUCUUCUCUGGUUACUCUGAUAAUAGCGGCAAAUCGUCUCCAUGGUACAUUCCCGAAAAACUUUGGUGACAAUCUACCAAAUCUCCUGUUCUUCAAUUUCUGCUUCAAUAGAUUUUCAGGAACAAUUCCUCAGUCGAUGCACAAUAUGACCCAAAUACGAAUCAUUCGCUUCGCCCACAAUCUUUUCGAGGGCACCAUUCCAUCAGGUUUGGAAAAUUUACCUAAUCUCCAAAUGUAUUACAUUGGCCACAACAAGAUCGUUAGUUCUGGUCCAAAUGGGCUUGAUUUCAUCUCUUCUUUGACCAACAGCUCUCGCCUUACCUUCAUUGCUGUUGAUGAAAACUAUUUAGAAGGCGUGAUCCCUGAAUCCAUUGGAAAUCUUUCUAAAGUCUUUUCGAGAUUGUACAUGGGAGGGAAUCGAAUUUAUGGGAAUAUACCAUCUUCAAUUGGGAAUCUUCGCAGCUUAACUUUGCUGAAUUUGAACAAAAACUUGCUAUCUGGUGAAAUCCCACCUGAAAUAGGCCAAUUGGAGCAGUUACAACUUCUGGGGUUAGCUAAAAAUCGAUUCUUUGGUAGAAUUCCAAGCUCCUUGGGGAAUCUUAGAAAGUUAAACCACAUUGAUUUGUCGGGGAACAAUUUUGUUGGGAACAUCCCUGUCUCUUUUGGGAACUUCACGAACUUGCUGGCGAUGGACUUGUCCAACAACAAGCUCAGUGGGAGGAUACCCAAAGAGGCUCUGAAUUUUCCUAGUUUGAGCAUGAUUUUGAAUCUUUCCAACAACAUGCUUAGUGGGAAUUUGCCUGAAGAAAUUGGGUUCCUCGGAAAUGUUGAAAGAAUUGAUCUCUCUGAAAAUUUGAUCUCCGGCAAUAUCCCUCCUUCCAUCAGUGGGUGCAAGAGCUUGGAGGUAUUGAAAAUGGCGAAGAAUGAAUUUUCAGGUCAAAUUCCAAGUACUCUUGGUGAAAUUAUGGGGCUGCAAACUUUAGACCUUUCCUCCAACAAACUCUCGGGCCCCAUCCCUGAGAAUCUCCAAAAUCGAACCGCCAUUCAAUUUUUGAAUCUCUCAUUCAACGACCUCGAAGGGGAAGUGCUUUCUGAAGGUGGAGCUUUUAAGACCAUUCCAGGAGUCUAUUUAGAAGGAAACCCAAAGCUUUGCUUGUCUUCCGCUUGUGUAAAGAGCGAACCCAAUAACAAAAGGAGAAACAAAAUCAUUGCUUUGGCAGUCGUCUUCUCAACAACAUUAGUACUCUGUUUCACAUUGGGAACUUGGCUUCACCUGGCCAGGAAGAAAAACCCAAAGACUUCUUCAUCCCCAACUAAUCAGCUGAUGAAAACCCAACACGAAAUGGUCUCAUACGAUGAGAUUCGAACCGCCACUGCAAAUUUCAGCGAUGAAAAUCUGGUGGGCAAGGGAAGUUUUGGGUGGGUUUAUAAGGGGAAUCUAAAUCAAUUACGACAUGGGGAUGGGGGCGUUGCAAUCAAGGUCUUGAACAUCGAAAGAACAGGGUAUAUCAGGAGUUUUUUGGCCGAGUGUGAGGCCUUGAGAAACGUGAGGCAUCGGAAUCUUGUGAAACUCGUCACAUCCUGCUCAAGUAUAGAUUUCCAAGGCAGGGAUUUUCGAGCUCUGGUUUAUGAGUUUUUGAGUAAUGGAAGUUUGGAGGAGUGGAUUCAUGGGCAGAGGCGUCACUCAGAUGGGAAAGGGCUGGAUUUUAUGGAGAGAUUGAAUAUUGCCAUUGAUGUUGGUUGUGUGGUGGAGUAUCUCCACCAUGGCUCUGAAGUGCCAAUUGUUCACUGUGAUUUGAAGCCAAGUAAUAUACUACUGGCUGCAGAUAUGACAGCAAAAGUUGGGGACUUUGGGUUGGCCCGGUUGUUGAUGGCAAAUGAAUUAUCCACCCAUUAUUCUUCUUCCAUUACUACUUCUUCUCAUGUUCUUAAAGGUUCCAUUGGUUACAUUCCUCCAGAAUACGGCAUGGGAGGAAAGGCAACAAUGGGUGGAGAUGUAUACAGUUUUGGGAUAACUUUGUUGGAGCUUUUUACUGGGAAGAGUCCAACCCAUGAAGGUUUUACAGGAGAUGUAAAUCUAAGUAAGUGGGUUCGUACGAGUUAUCUAAGAGAUUUAAUGGUGCAAAUGGUUGAUUCUUCUGAUGAAGAAGGUGAAGAGAUUAGUGAAAAUAAGCAAAUGAUCAAUUGCCUGAUAGAAGUCAUCAAUAUUGGACUCUCUUGCGCUGCUGAUUCUGCUGAUACACGCAUCACUAUGAAGGAUGCUCUUUCAAGACUUCAAAAUGCUAGACAUUCUAUGCUGAAACCCACAUAGAUUUCUCA